CAGACAUCAUCAAUUCAUGGUUGAUACAGGUGCUGCAUACUCAUGCAUAGGUAAAUGUGGGAUUAACCUGCCUCUCUCAGCAUCAAAGAUUCGAACAGUAGGUUUCUCUGGGAAGACCCAAAUAAUACCCAUGACUGAGCCAGUUCCCAUGAUUAUAGGAGAAAAGACUGUGUAUGCACCACUACUUUAUUCAGCAGAUACGCCAAUUAAUCUGCUGGGCAGAGAUGUGUUAUGCCAGCUCAACGCAAAGAUUAAAUGCACUCCAAAUGGAAUUUAUUUUGAAGCAACUGACAACAGUGAAGCCUUCAUGAUGCCACUGAGCCCACAGAUGAUCCCACAAGUGACAAAUCAUGACCCCGAAGACCAAGUAUUUUGGAUGAAACUCACGUCACCCACCUCUUUCCUCCAAUUGGAGUGGGAAACAUGGAGACCUCUGAUAAUGAACCACUACGACAAGUCCAAAGAACCCUUCCUCCCUCUCCAUUGCACCAUGUUUUAUGACAAAGGACAGAAACAUGAAGACUACGAGAAGAGCUGGGAUGAAGAAAUUAACAACAAAGCAACUGUCAUCCAAUAUGCUGACAUAAUGGUUGGGCCACAAGGAGCCGCAGCCGUUGUCAAGUUUCCUGAAAAAGACAUUGCUGAAUGGUUCCAGGUCGCUGACUCAGCGCCGCAUGUCACAUUGCUGAUUGCUGACAGGUACGAGUCACAUGACCUGGGUCCCAUGAUUCAAGAAGCCAAGAAGGUCACAGAAUGGAUUGAUACGGCGUGGAACCGGAUCAGUGUAUCAAAAGAUGGACUAUUCUUCAAGAUCUCAUUUUCACAAGCAGAUGAAGUAAUAGCAGAACACAUCAAAGUGCCUGGGAAAAGACAAAUGGCGGUGACUGAAGAGCAUGCAUCACUAUUAGAACAAGUUCCUGAGCAGGUGAAAGCAGCUCACAACCGAGACGAGACACGUAUCCCAGUGGACGUCAGAGACGUCCAAGUCGGUGACAAAGUGUUCAUACGAGUGUUUAAACGUCAGUGGAACGAACCUCGUAGGGAAGGGCCCUUUAAAGUUGUUCUUACCACUCCCACUGCCCUAAAAGUUGAAGGUAAGCCCUUCUGGUUCCAUAAAAACCACUGCACACGUCAUCGCCCACCAGACCCACCUGGCCUUGAUCCAGGACCGACGGGCUCUGCGCAUGUUGAAAGGGCAGCAGCAAGUCUCCCUCCGCAUGACACCAUAGCACAUGCACAGGCGUCUGAUGUCAUACCUGGGGCGAGCACUGAUGCAUCCUCACCCUCGUCAUCGUCUGAUGGCCAGAGACGAUCAGCCCGCUUGGCAGCCCGACGGUCUCCACUGUCAGGGGACUCUGAGAAUGAUAGUGUUCAUUCUUUUGUUUCCAAUCCGCCUUCUGACUCUGGCAGCAGUAAUGCUGAUUCUCCUGCCACUCAGAGUCCUGGCAGGCCUGUCUCAGACUCACCCAGCCCUGAGGCACUGGAAGGACCUUUUUUUUCCUCACUCAUCAGACAGUGCUGGAACUGUUUCCCCUUUCUCACAUCCCUCACCUGCACCUUCCCCACCCCCUCCCUCCCUUUCCGCUUCCUCGGACGGCACGUAUGGGUCGGCGAGCGGGUCGUGUCCGCCCACUCCAUCGCCGUCUGGGCGUCUCUCGUAUGCGUCUUCUUCCGAAUCUGACUAGUUUUCUUCUUUUGUUAACCCUUUUUGGGUUAACAAGGGGGGAUCUUAUUAAACUCACCACUAACAAUGCACACUCACACUUACACUUAAAGCGUCAAACAGAGACAUGUGCACUAGCAAUGAUAACACUAGCUACUAACCAGGGGAUAAUCAGUAAUAACGGUGGGGAGAAUAAAUCAUUAAUGCAUGUGCAAACUGAAGGUUAUGACUAUGUGAUGUCUGAAGAAAUUUUAGGAGACGAGUCAAUGGGAAAACAUUGGCUUGGAACUCCACAAAGCAUGGACUGCCGUGGGGAUGGGAUGGUGAUCAUUACGGUAAGAUGCAAGACAGACAAGUGCCAAAACAUACUAACAAAGCAAAUAAUGAUGAUAGAAACAGCUCAUAAAGUAGUAAAGUUAAUAAACAAAAGACAGAAAAGGGAUUUAAGUAUUUUAAAAACGUCACAUUGGGAGACUAACAUGUUCCAACAAUGGAUACAGUUCUCAGUUCAGACAAUGUUUGAAGCUAAAAAUCGUCCUAAAGAUGAUUGUAUCGCCUGCUACAAUGCUAAGAAAUUACCAUCCCUUCAGAUUAUACCUGGAAGUAAAAUAGGUGAUUGUCCAGACAUAUCAGAGUGCUUUGCUUUCUGUGCCAUGCACAUGGCUGCAGGUUCACCAGCAUGGGCAGAAGACAGGAAAAGAUGCCCCAAAGCGCUAACCCCCUCAACAAGUGAAGUACUAAGUACAUUCUUACUCCCUCCAGUAAUAAAAAAACCAGCUGAAAUAAUUUUUCCAUUCUGUAUAGCUCGAGGAAAAGAAUUAGAAAAGGUGACCGACAGGACCUCUAGCGAAAUGGGGACAGCAGACGGAAUGGUGAAAUGUAGUAACAUGCCAUGGUAUCCACCGGCAGCUGGAGGAAAUGUCAGCUACAUUAAAAUAUGUGAAACUAGCCCUAAAGCUAAAAUACGGUGUAAACAGGUAGUACCAGAUGGAGGACAUGUCAUCUAUGAAUUACAACCUACAUCGGUAGCUCUAUACCGAGUAAGGAGUCUGGCGAAGGGAUCUGCCCCAUUAGGAGAUAUUUUUUGGACAUGUCACAAUGAUGAGCAGAUACUAUCCUCACUGCCUUCUCGGUGGGAGGGCAUCUGUGCUCCAGUAAUGCUUACAGGACAAUUAAAAUUAAUAAUAGAUAAUCAAAAAAUCAGCAACAGAACAUCUAAUGAAAUAGGAAACCGUACAAAAAGAAGUGCUCCUACUGAGCACAAACAGAAUUGGCAAAUGUCAGAUGAAGUAUAUAUUACAUGGGAUCAGGUCCCAUUAGGGGUACCGGAUGAACAUGCAGCAAUAGGAAGUAAGUGGAUAAAAGCUGGACGAGGAGCCGGCGCGUUACCAUUCUUCGGAGCAAUUACCAAUGCGCAAUACAUAGCUCGAAAUAGUAGGUGGGUAAAUCUCCUAUGGUACAAUCAACAAAGGUUUAUAAAUUUUACAAUAAAGGGCUUAGACCUUAUAAAAGAACAAUUACAUGCUACAUCACUAAUGGUUUUACAACAUAGGUUCGUACUGGAAUCCCGUAUGGCCGGGGACCAGGGGCUAUGUGAUUAUAUCGGGACAGACUGUUGUACCUUAAUCCCUAUGCAUACUGAUGUUAACGGCAGCUUAACAGGUGUUCUGCAAGAAAUGAAGCGUAUGAGAGAUCAGCAUGUGGAGAGAUCCAAUUGGAACACUCAGCUGAAGGGGUUUUGGGAUUGGUUCAAUAAGCUUGGGUGGA